GAUGGGCGCUGGCGGCCCCCGGCGGGGCGAGGGCCCUCCAGACGGCGGCUGGGGCUGGGUGGUGCUGGGUGCCUGCUUCGUGGUCACUGGCUUCGCCUACGGCUUCCCCAAAGCCGUCAGCGUCUUCUUCCGCGCGCUCAUGCGCGACUUCGGCGCCGGCUACAGCGACACGGCCUGGGUGUCCUCCAUCAUGCUGGCCAUGCUCUACGGCACGGGCCCCGUGUCCAGCAUCCUCGUGACCCGCUUUGGCUGUCGCCCGGUGAUGCUAGUGGGUGGGCUGCUGGCUUCCGCGGGCAUGAUCCUAGCUUCCUUCGCCACGCGCCUCCUGGAGCUCUACCUGACCGCUGGGGUGCUCACAGGCCUGGGCCUGGCCCUCAACUUCCAGCCGUCGCUCAUCAUGCUGGGGCUGUACUUCGAGCGGCGGCGGCCCCUGGCCAACGGGCUGGCGGCGGCGGGCAGCCCCGUGUUCCUGUCCGCGCUGUCGCCGCUCGGCCAGCAGCUGCUGGAGCGCUUCGGCUGGCGCGGCGGCUUCCUGCUGCUCGGCGGGCUCCUCCUGCACUGCUGCGCCUGCGGGGCUGUCAUGAGGCCGCCGCCCGGGCCGGGCCCGCGACCGCGCAGGGACAGCGCCGGUGACCGCGCGGGGGACGCUCCGGGUGAGCCGGAGGCGGACGGCGCGGGGCUGCAGCUGCGCGAGGCGCCCUCGAGGGCCCGGCCCCGCCGGCGCCUGCUGGACGUGGCGGUGUGCACCGACCGCGCCUUCGCCGUGUACGCCGUCACCAAGUUCCUGAUGGCGCUCGGGCUGUUCGUCCCCGCCAUCCUGCUGGUGAACUACGCUAAGGACGCGGGCGUGCCCGACACCGACGCCGCCUUCCUGCUGUCCAUCGUGGGCUUCGUGGAUAUCGUCGCGCGGCCUGCGUGCGGCGCCCUGGCGGGCCUGGCGCGUCUGCGACCGCACGUCCCGUAUCUCUUCAGCUUGGCCCUGCUGGCCAACGGGCUCACGGACCUGAGCAGCGCGCGCGCACGCUCCUACGGCGCCCUCGUCGCCUUCUGCGUCGCCUUCGGCCUCUCCUAUGGCAUGGUGGGCGCGCUGCAGUUCGAGGUGCUCAUGGCGGCUGUGGGCGCGCCCCGUUUCCCCAGUGCGCUGGGCCUGGUGUUGCUCCUGGAGGCCGUGGCGGUGCUCAUCGGACCGCCCUCUGCCGGCCGCCUGGUGGAUGCACUGAAGAACUAUGAGGUCAUCUUCUACCUGGCCGGCUCUGAGGUGGCCCUGGCCGGGGUCUUCAUGGCUGUCGCCACCAACUGCUGCCUGCGUUGUGCUAAAGCUGCCCCGUCAGGCCCAGGCACUGAGGGCGGAGCCAGUGACACUGAGGACGCUGAGGCCAAAGGGGACUCUGAGCCCCUGCCUGCCGUUGAGGAGGAACCCAGCAACCUAGAGGCCCUGGAGGAGCUGAGCCCUCGGGAUGGGCCUAUGGAACCAGAGGUGGAGGCAGGGCCAAGGCUGGCAGCCGAGUCUGUGUAAUUCAGGGUGCACUGGGUGGUGUGGCCCAGUGACUUGAGAACAUGGCCUCCUGCCUCAGAGGGCCUGGUAUGCUGGGAGGCCGGCCUGGGGUGGUCACUCCCCGGGUCUAUGUCUGAGCUCCAGUUGAUCCGCCGGGUGUCCGGGAACUGCCUCCCUCAUCUGUUCCACAAGCCCCGCCAGGCCCCACCCCAUUACCUGUGAAGCCGCUACGCAGCAAAAGGACACUGUUGAUAAAGCUCAGCUGAACAACA